AUGUUCAACAAGAGGAUCUCAUGUAUAAUCGCAACUGUCAUGUCUGAUGCUGAGCAAUACAUAGAAAUUCGUCGAAUCAACCACCUGCUGCCGUAUUCGGAUCAGAUUGAAGCCUAUGCAGAGGCUGCAACAAUAGGUCUGAGGGAGUCAUUUAGGCGUCUCAUCUCCUCCAGUACCUACCUCUGUCACCAUCAUAACUUUACAUUCGAUAUUAAAAAUUUUAUCGAGAUGUUUGGGUUCCGGUUUACAAAACGGGAGUUCAUUGGCAUCGUUAGGUUUGGGCUCGCCCUAGUGUUUUGUCGACAAACCGAUAGAACUUUCCGCGCCGUUUGGGCAGACUGCAUCCAGUUUUUACUAACCAACGCCGGUGUCUUUAUCACAAGGGAUGAAUUGCAGCUCGAUUGGAGGCUCUUCAGAAAUGCAGCUAUCGAUAUUGGCAUGACUAAUGACGUGCGUCAAUGCAAGCUGGAUUUUAAGAAUGGUAAGCCGAUAGUAGGGAUACUCAAUUCUGCAAAGAGCCGCGUAUGGCUCGAUGAUAUUUUCCACAUUUGGUACAAGUAUCCCAAGCCGGAAAUUAGUAAGGAGGUAAUCUCGCUUCUCAGCUGUCUGGCUUUGGGAUGUCCGGGAAGGAUCGAUUGGGAGCCGCAUUUGGACCGGAUCUUCAAUUUCCUUAUGCUAAUCUUCUCCCCUGAGAAAGUCCUUGGCGAUUAUGGCGAGACCGUUGCGUUGGAUAUCGCGGAUAUCCUCGUCUUUUCUAUCGUACCAGGAUCGAGCACCAUCGAUAGACUACGUGAUUUCUUUGAGGUAGGUCAAACAUUGCCUUCGUGA